AAAGGGCGGGCAGGGUGGGGCGCGGGCGGGCAGUGGGCGGCCGGCCUCCCGGAAGCGCCGCUAUAAGGCUGGCGGGCUGGCCACACGGCCAUCCCCCUCGGCCGCUCCUUCUCGCUUCGCUGCAGCCGCGCUCUGAGCCCAGCUUUCAGCCAUGGCGUGCCCCCUGGAUCAGGCUAUUGGCCUCCUGGUGACCAUCUUCCACAAGUACUCCAGUCAGGAAGGUGACAAGAACACCCUGAGCAAGAGUGAACUGAAGGAGCUGAUCCAGAAGGAGCUCACCAUUGGCGCGAAGCUGCAGGAUGCUGAAAUUGCAAAGCUGAUGGACGACCUGGACCGGAACAAGGACCAGGUGGUGAACUUCCAAGAAUAUGUCACCUUCCUGGGGGCCUUGGCCAUGAUCUACAAUGACAUCCUCCGGGGCUGAAAAUAAAUUGGGAAGGUGGAGACACCCUCUAGCUGGCCUGUCUAGUGGUGGGUAACUGUACAAUAAAUUUUUUUUUUUGGUUAAAUCUA